UUGUCUAGGACUAAAUAAUUUUUAUAUACUAAUUUUUCAGUAAUGAUUCUUUAUAACUAAAUAUAAUUAGUUAUAAUAUCUUAAAGUCAAUAAAUUUAGUGAAGCUGCUCAAAGGUUCCAAGUCAAAUAUAAGAAUCAAGAGUUAUCGAAUUUCCUUCAUUUUACAUAUAAAACAAAUUCAUUUUAUUCAAUUAUGAAUUUCAAAUUGAACACAACUUUUCUAUCACAUUUUAUUUCAGGAAUAAUGUUUUUUAUAUUACAAGUAACUUCGAAUUCACUUAAUAAUGAUGGUUGUGUAAUUAAUAGUAAACAUGAUAUGACUCAACAAAAUUCACUUAUAUUAUACAAUAAUAAAUUAACCGGAAAAAUUGAUUUUCUACAACCAGAAAACAACGAUAUUAAUAUUGAUUUUGGCGAUGAGUUAAUAUUAGCCUGUCCCGGAAGUAGUUUUAAAGAAAUCGACAAUUUAAAAAUUCAAAAAGUUCAAUGCUUAGGAGAUAAUUUCUUUGGCAUCGGUGAAGAAAAACACAAAUUUAAUUACUAUACAUGCAAGCAACCUCCAAAAGUUUCUUUGAAAAAACUAGGUAAAUGUACUGAAGAUGACAACUUAAUACACUACAAAAUUGGAUUUGAAUUAGACAAUGAAAAAUUUCUCGAGUUGAUUGACUUAUAUUUUAAUAAAAAAACCUUAAGGCCUAUGUACACUACACAUAACAUUACAAAAAAUAUUAAUACAGAUGAAGUGUCUGAAAAGUUAACUGAAAAGAGAACGACGCAAUAUUUCAAAAAAAUUUCACUUAAUAAUGUAUACAAUGAGGAUCAACAAAAAAAAAAAUUAGAUAUUUACGUGACACCCAUUAUUUCUAAAAAAUUUAUAGAUGGUAAACAUUUUUUAACUAAUGGGAAUCUCGUCCCUAUAGAAGAUUUUCCAUAUUUAGCCCAACAAAAAGCAACAUCUUUUGAUGUUUUAACCGCACCUCAAUUUCGAUCAUUUAAAAAUGGAAAUUGGAAAACUUUAGAAGAUGCAAUAAGAAAAUUAGCAAAUAAUCGAAAAAUUGAUUUGACUGUGUACACGGGGGUUUAUGGAGAAUUAAAUAUUACUGGAAAACCUUUGCAUAUGGCACGGCAUAAAUUAGGCUAUAAUGUAAUUCCAGUACCAACUAUAUUUUGGAAGAUUGUGCAACACAAUGACAAAUCAAUAGUGUUUGUUGGCUACAACAAUCCAUUCUCAGGCCGUUAUGUAGAUCCAGCAAAACAAAUAUGUUCUUCAAGCUUUUGUGAUAAAAUCGGUUGGGUAAAGUUUGAAAACGAUUCCCUCAAAGGAAAUAUUUAUUGUUGUGAAUAUCAUAGUAUUAAAGCCAAACUAAAUGUUCCUGUGAUAACAUCAACGGAUAUUUUAUACUGUUGCAAAAUCAAUAUUGUAACUGAUUUAUCUUCAGAAUUUCCAUUAAUAUUGGAUCCUCUAGAUAAAGAGAUCAUACACCCUGAUAAUUAUAACACUAUUCAUGUAGAUGUUGGAAAAUAUUUGUUGUUAGCAUGUCCAGACGGACAAUUAAAAAAUAAUAAAAGCAUAAAUAUACAGAAAAUUGAGUGCUCCGGUAAUAAUCUAUUUGGUUUAGACAAAGAAAAGAACAAAAUAAGUCACUUUAUUUGUGACAAAAGUCCACAGUCAGUUAUAAAAAAAUUAGAAACGAGAAUUACAGCCUACGGUGAGAAGAUUGUGCACUAUAAAAUAGGAUUUGACUUGAAGCAAGAAGGAUUCUUAAAACAAUAUGACUUGUAUUUUGACCAAAGUAACUUAACUCCUUUAUAUACAAUUCAUAAGCUUGCAAGCAACUUUAAUACAGUCUAUCAAUUUACCAAACAAUCCAAUUUAGAAAGAGAAAUAUUUAAAUAUAGUCCUGGUUUUCAAGACGUCUCUACCAUAAGAGUAUAUAAAAAAUCCAAUCAAUAUAAUAUACUUCACAAUUAUUUACCAAAGAACGUUGCAAAAAAAUAUACUGAAAAUGGUCACAUAUUAUUAAGAGGUAGUCUAGUACCGAAGAAAGACUUUCCAUACACAUCACAACAAAAAGCAACACUUUAUUAUUUUAAUACCGCGCCACAGUGGCAGAAAUUUAAAUAUGGAAAUUGGAAAAUUUUAAAUAACAGUAUAAGACGUUUAGCUGAAGAUCGUAAAACAAAUAUAUCAGUAUAUACUGGUGUACAUGGAGUUUUAAAUAUCCAUGGAAAACCUAUUUAUUUGACUUAUACUUCUUCUGGAAAAACUGCAAUACCAGUGCCAUCUGUAUUUUGGAAGAUAGUUCAUGAUGUAGAUACGGACCAAGCAAUAGUGUUUAUAGGUUGUAAUGAUCCAUUCGCAAACCGCUUUGGUAACUCAACAUCGCAAUUUUGUACAAAAAGUUUGUGUAAACAGCUUAACUGGGUCUCAUUCGAUACCGAUCCAUUGAAAGGUGUUAUGAACUGUUGCAGUUAUAAAGAUUUCAGUUUUAAUUUUUACAAUAAUCAAAAUGGAUGUAAAAUCAACACUAAAAAUGAUAUGACUGCAACACAUCCCCUAAUAGUAAAGUAUGAUCAUAAAAAUAAAAAAGUUGGUAUUAUGUAUCCUAAGUACUAUAAUACUGUACAAUUAAAUAAACACGAACAAAUGAUACUGGCGUGUCCAGGGACAACUUUUCGACAGAAAACUUCUGUUGAUCUACAAAAAGUUCAGUGCUUAGGUAAUGACUCAUAUGGUUCAGGCAACGAUCAACAUAUAUUUAGCGAUUAUGUAUGCCAAAAAGUUCCACAGUCCAAAUUAUUCUUAGCAGGAAAAUGCGUUGGUGUCGGCAACAACGUUUUACACUAUCAGAUUGGUUUUCAGAUUCAUAAUAUAGGACAACUUAACAUGAUAGAUGUGUGUUUUGAUAAAGACAGCGUUACGUCAUUAUUCGCCAAACAUGAAAUUACACCUAAUGUACUUGCAGGCCGAAAAGAUUAUCCACGAGUUUCGUUUAAAGAAAGUACUAAUAUUUAUGAUAAUAUCUCCCCCAAUACAGCAUAUUCUAAGAAAAAUCAGAUGAGAAUGAUGUAUAGGAGUUUACCAAGAAAAAUUGCUAAUAAGUAUAUAAAUAACGGUCAUUAUCUAUCUCGGGGACAUUUUGCUCCUAAAGCAGACUUUGUGUAUGCAUCUCAACAAGAAGCUACGUUUUAUUAUAUUAAUACUGCACCACAAUGGCAAUCGUUUAACAGUGGAAAUUGGUUAAUUUUAGAGAAUAGCGUACGAAGAUUAGCUGUUGUUAGAAAAAUUAACUUAACAGUAUAUACAGGUGUACAUGGAACCUUAUUAAUAAACGGACAACCUCUUUAUUUAACUAAAGGUAAAUAUAACAAACCCGCAAUGCCAGUACCAGCUCUUUUUUGGAAAAUCAUUAUAGACGAAGAACAUGGUGAAGCUAUAACUUUUGUUGGAUUUAAUAAUCCACAUGCCAAUCCUAUCAACAAUCCAGCCACACGUUUUUGUAGACCUGGAUUAUGCAAGCGACUUAAAUGGAUUCAAUUUGAUAAAACAUUAGCAGCAGGAGUAAUGAACUGUUGCACUCUGGUAGAUUUUAAAAAUAAUAUCAAAAUGCCAUUAAAAAAUUAUAAUAGAAUUUUGUAUUGAACAUUAUUAUUCAAACAAAAGAAUUAACAGAAAAACUUCAGUAAGACAUAUGCUAGUCAAAUGUUAGUAAUAUUAACACAUCAAUUAUUUGAUAAAAUUGUUUCAACAAUUUAUACUCCCGAGUGCGAUUUAUUUACUUAAUAUGGGAAUUUUAAGAGUCUUAUUAUAUAUUUUUCUCAUUCGACUUUGUUUCUUAGAUAUUAUUGUUUAUAUAAACAUAAAGUGUAGUUAUACGAAUUUUAUUUUUAAUUUAA